AAAUGAGUGAAACACCUUCAAGCAGUUACUCAGCGAAUCAUCCAAACUCCUCCGAGGGCGAACAGAGCUUAUCUGCGCGCCAUUUCAAUGUUACUGAACCUGUUGUGGCAAAACGGAUUUGUUUCUAUAAAAGCGGAGAUCCCCAGUUCAAUGGAAUCAAAAUGGUAGUUAAUAGCAGGUCUUACAAGACAUUUGAUGCCUUGCUGGAUAGUUUGUCCAAACGGGUCCCAUUACCUUUUGGAGUAAGGAAUAUUAGUACACCAAGAGGGAGACACAGCAUCACCAAUUUGGAGGAUCUGGAAGAUGGAAAAUCCUAUAUUUGCUCUCAUCAGAGAAAAAUGAAGCCCAUCAACCUGGAACAGGCCAGCAGAAAACCACUGCCCUGGCAGAUCAGCAGGCCUGUCAGUGCUCAUGGGUUUGGCCACCGAGAAAGCAGAAUAACAACUCCCAAAAAGAUGAUUGUUUUCAAAAAUGGGGAUGUAAGACUUAGGCGCACCAUAGUUUUGGGAAAGAAAAAUACACAAACAUUUGAGGCCUUUCUGGAUUAUAUAAGUGAGUUAAUGCAAUACCCAGUUGCAAAGCUCUAUACCACUGAUGGCAGAAAGGUUCCUAAUCUUCAGGUCUUGAUAUUGUGCUCUGGAGCUGUAGUCGCAGCAGGGAGAGAGCCUUUUAAACCAAACAAUUAUGAAUCUCUUGGGUAUUUGAGACCUGCUAAACUCCUUGGAACUGGAAAUCGUGUGUACCCAAAAGCAAAUGCCAAGUCAGAAAGUGAAAAGAGUAAGAAAUGGAACGUGUCAGUCCUCACCAGUGAUGUGCCAUCCGCAGGAACAAGCUCAAGGGUUUAUAUUACAUUGUAUGGGGAUCGUGGCAGUUCAGGUCCUAUUUUUCUUGAUGGAGAGAAGGGAAAAUUAUUUCAGAGAGGCAAUGAAGACAUCUUCACAGUCAAUACUAGGAACAUAGGACAGCUCUACAAAAUUCGUAUAGGACAUACAAAUGCAGGAAACUCCCCUGCCUGGCACUGCAAAGAGGUGCAGUUGCUGAACCUUUUCUCAGGGGAGCAGUUCUCUUUCCCUGCACAUCGAUGGCUGGCCAAGGACCAGUCUGAUGGGGAAAUAUCUGUGGAGCUUCCUGUUUUACAGCAGGGUCAGCCUAUUCUUCCAGUGACUGUCUACAAAGUGCAUGUGACAACUGGAGACCUGUGGAAUGCUGGAACUGAGUCUGAUGUCUAUAUUUCUGUCUAUGGAGAAAGAGGUGAUACAGGAUCAAGACAGCUGCUCAGGUCACAGAAACCCAAGAAAUUUUUAAAAGGACAAACUGACAUCUUUGCUGUUGAAGCUGUGCACCUUGGAUGUUUGUACAAGAUUGUUAUAGGACACAAUGGGCUUGGAUCAGGAAAUGGAUGGUUUCUGGACAAAGUUGUAAUCAAGGAUCCUAUAACAGAUUUGGAUUAUACUUUUCUUUGUCACAGGUGGCUGGAUCAGGGACAGGAUGAUGGCAAUAUUUCUAGAGAACUGCCUGUGACAGAUGCCAGCAUGCUUCCAGGAAGACAAGAGCUGAAACUCAAGAGAGAAAAAGCUUGGGCUGCAGAAAAAUGGAAAUUUCGGAAAGGCAUUACACUUCAAUUUUACAACAGGGUCACCUGUGGCUUCAUUUGCCUCUACCCAGAUAGCAGAGUUGAUGCUCUUGGUGACAAGAAAAAUAAAUACGGUCUUUUUGAUGUAAAUGUCAAAAGGAGAAAUAUAUGUAUAUUCAGCAGUCAUCAAAUGCCAUCUCUUGCUCUUGCUCUUGUCAGUGGCCGUGUAACUGGAAAGGUAAGAAAUGCUGCCUGCUGUGAGCUCCAUGUUCACGUUCAACCAAACAGCCGUGCCAUUCUCGAGUCAGCCAGCUACCCAGGUCACACUGUGGCUUUCAAUCUCCAAGGCAAAGUAGCUGAUGAAGCAACGGGAUACGCUGGGCUUUCCAAAGAAUUUGUUGUGCAUGUCAAGGGUGUGUUUCAUCAUGGUGCCAUCAUUCUGCUCAACACAAGUCUCUGCCAGGCUCUGUCCCUUAGACCUGAUGGGAGCUGCAGUGGAGCAGGUCAGCAGCAGCAGGAAUCCUACUGGAAGGUGCAUAAAAUCAGCUCUGGACUCUGCAUGUUUGAAAGUGUGAACAAACCAAGAAUGUAUCUGAAGAUCAAAGAUGACCAGUGUGAUGGAACAGGCAAGGGUGAUGAAUACUGUCAUUUUAAAAUUGAGAAGAAUUUGGAAACUGGAUCUGUGAGUCUGGAAUCAGUGCAAAAUAAAGGGAUAUAUGUUGGUCUUCUGCCAGAUGGCCAAACUAAACCAGUUGUUAACACUGGAGAGAGAAAUAUCUUUUUCUACCCACAGGUCAUCAAAUUUGGCCGGGAAAAGCCUAUGGGAACAUCUGCAGCACCCAAACAAGAGAAGAAAGACUUCAGAGAAUCUCAAAUCCAAUCAGCAGAAGCCCUGGAGCCAGUACCUCGAAGGCUUUCAACUCCCCCACCUUCAAAGGAAAUGAGAAAUCCCCAAGGUGGUGAGCAUCCCCUUCCUUCGGAUGAUGAAUGGAAAGUGUCAAUACUGACAGGAAAUGCAGGAACUGAAGCAAGUGUCGCUCUUUGGAUAUAUGGAGACAGAGGAUUAACUGGACCAAUAACUCUUGGCAAGGACAGCAGAAAGCAGCUGUUUUUUCCCAUGCAGGAAGAUGAAUUUCAGGUUAAAAUAAACAGCAUUGGGAAUAUCUACAAGAUAAGAAUUGAACUUGAUGGCCUACCAAAUGAGCAACCUGAGUGGAACUUGCAGCGGGUGAUACUGCCACAUCUAAAGAGCAAGAAAACACUGAAUUUUCCAGCAAACACAUGGUUAUCAAAGAAUUAUCAUGAUAGAAAACUUCUGUGUGAACUUCCUGUAGUGGAAGCUGGAAAACCUAUCUAUCCAAUUGUUUUAUACCAUGUUUAUGUCCACACCGGUGACUUGGAGCAAGCUGAUACAGACUGUGCAGUUUAUUUGUGUAUCUAUGGAAAAAGAGGAGAUUCUGGUCUAAGACUUCUGCAUAAAACUGGUACACCAGCGCCAUUUCAGAGAGGAAUGGUCAGUGUUUUUGAAGUGGAAGCUGUAUCCCUUGGGCAGCUGCAGAAGGUGCUGUUGUGCUGUGAGGCCACUACCAAGUCCCAGCAUUGGUACUGCGAUAAAGUCAUUGUCAGAGAAGCCGAGAGCAACUCGGAAUAUGUUUUCAAUUGUGAGAGGUGGCUUCCAUUUACGUCGCAAGGUAUAACCCAUUCAGAAAUUGAACUGUACCCUCAAGAGUUUAAAAAAAAUCAGCAGCUGAAAAUGCAAGAAGCCAAUGAAGGAGACUGGAAGAUAACUGUAGUCACUGGGGAUUUUGAAACAGCUGGCACAACAGCAACAGUAUUCCUUUAUGCUUAUGGAGAAAACAAAGCUUCUGGUCCUAUUAUUUUGGGAUCUGGGAAACAGCAGCUGUUCAAUCCCAACAGUAAAGAUACAUUUAAGAUCAAUCUCAGAGAUCUUGGGCAAGUAUAUAAAAUCCGCAUUGGCCAUGACAACUCUGGAAAUGAUCCCAGCUGGUACCUGGAGCAAGUCAGGCUUGAAAGAGUAGUCCCUGUUUCUGCUGAAGAGAUUUGUCUCCCCAUAGAGAGCUGGCUUUCUGAAGACAAGGAUGAAGGUGAUACAUGGAGAGAAGUGGCAAUAAGAAACCCUGCAGAGGAGCUUUUGCCAUUGUUGGUGUAUGAGGUCCAUGUAUACACUGGUGCUAAAGUUGGUGCUGAAACAGAUUCCAAUGUUUAUAUCAACCUCAUUGGGACAAGAGGAGAUGCUGGCAAAAGGAAGCUCCAUAGGUCUAAGAAUAAUAAAAUUAAGUUUCGACAUGGACAGAUGGAUAUUUUCUGCAUAAAAGCUGUCUCACUGGGAGACUUGGAGAGAGUUCUGAUUAGCCAUGAUGGAACUGGUCCAGGCAGUGGAUGGUUCCUGGAUAAGAUUGUCAUCAAAUAUAAAGAAGGAGAGGAAGCUCACGAGGUUGUAUUUCCUUGUAAUAGAUGGUUAGAUGAAUAUCAAGAUGAUGGGAAAACAGAGAGGGAGCUAACUGCCAAUACACAAUGGUGGAGAGUGUGGGUUAAAACAGAUGGAGAUUCCCCAGAGCCACAGGAAUGUAAAAGGACCCUUGUGAUUUAUGGCUCAAAGGGCAAAAGUGAUGAGCUUCUGCUUUCUCCACAAACCCCAGGAUAUGUGUGCUUUCUCCCCAGAGCAACUGAUGAAUUCAUUGUUGAGACUGGAGAUCUGGGAGAUGUAUACAAGAUUCGAGUCAGCUGUGAUGAUGUGCCAGGCUUUCAAGGCUGGCAUCUGAAGUCUUUUCACUUACAAGAGUUGCAUACGAAACAAGAACUGAACUUUGAGUGUAACUGCUGGCUCUCUCUUAAGAGAGGGAAUAAGGAGCUGGUAAAAGAAUUCCCCACAGUCACCGAGGACCAGAAAACUUUACCAGUAUCAGAAUAUAGCUUGUAUUUAAUCAGCUUUAAUUAUUUUUUUUUUUUAUUUUCUUUUUGUACAGUCUAUAAGUAUGUUGUUUCUGUGCAUAUUGGUGACCGCUGGGGAGCAGGGACUUUUGCAAAUGUUUAUAUCACUCUCUAUGGCAAAAGAGGGGACACAGGUGUGAGGAAACUUCAUACAUCUCUAACGAAAGGAAGAAAAUUUCAGAGAAAUAAGGUAAUGGCUCCAUACUGCAGUAAAUGUACAGGGGUUAGAACUGCAUUAAGUGUGGAUUCAUUUUUGGUGGAAGCUGUUUCCCUGAGUCAUUUGCAAAAAGUGGUCAUAGGACAUGAUGGAGAAGGCUAUGGAGCAGGGAUGUACCUCAAGAUGGUAACAGUCAAGGAAUCACAAGAUUCAGACAAAGAAUGGGUCUUUCCACUGUGGAAUUGGCUUGAUACUCAUCUGGGUUUAUGUGAGACUGUUUGUGAGAUUGUAACAGUUGGUAGAAGGUCGACUCUUAGUCCUAAACUGCCUGAAAUCAACAUGAAGUCAUCAGGUUUCUGGAUGAUGGAUAUCACUGGAUCUGACUUAAUUGCUGAAGAGGAUCCAAUAUGCCUUUCUUUUAUCUUCUACAGCAACCUGAGUCACAAAAAGUUGCCACUUCAAGUCACAGGAAAAGCAACUCAGAUCAAAGAUGAACUGGCAGAUAUUGGCUCAAUAUACAAAGUUCAGGUAACUGGCCCACACAGUGAGCUAAAACAGCCAUGGCACUUAGAUUCACUGCAUAUGAAGCACACAGGCACAAAGGAAGAGAUGUAUUUAGCUUUUGACUGCUGGUUCAACCCUAAGGAAGACAAAUGUGUGGAGCUGCCAGCUCUCUAUGCAGAUCAAGACCCUUUGCCUGUUGUGGACUAUGAGAUCCAUUUGCACACAGGAGACUUGAAGAAGGCAGAUGCCACUGGAGAGGUUUAUCUUCGUAUACAAGGAGAAAAAUGCGACUCAGGGAAGAGAUGGCUUAACUCAAAAAACAGCCUGAUAAUUUUCGCUAGAGGGCAGGUGGAUAUUUUCAAAAUCAAAUCUGUAUACCUUGGCAAGUUGAAUCAAGUUUGUGUUGGAUUUAAAAGUCUAAGAAAAGUUUUGGAAAAAAUUCUUAUAAAAGAAGUCUUCUACCCUUUUUCUACACAUGUUUUUUUUCACGAUGGAUGGAUCAAUAAACGCUCCAAGGAAGAUUUUGUAGAAGUCGCAAUUCCGCUCAAAGAAACAUCUGUGACAUCUCUUCCCAUGAAAAAUUUAGAUACAAAAAGUAGAGGACGAUGGCAAACAUGGUUGCACUGCACACAAGUACCAGAAGAUGUUCCUAACAUUGAAAUUGUUGCAUUUGGAAGAAAAGGGAAAUCACCUACACAGAAAGUUCAAAAUCUAAAUGAUACUCCCUUUUUGUUGACUGUUGGUGAUAUUGGAGAUAUAACAAAAGUCUCCUUUGUGUUAUGUGGUCCAUCCUUGAGAAGAGGAAUUAAACUUCACAAGCUUCAGCUAAAAGACUUGGACACUAAACAAGAGUUGAGCUUUCACACUGAAGCCUCAUAUCUGUUUGGAGAAGAUGGAUCUGAGACCGUGGCAGAGCUUGCUGUGGUCAGACCAGACCAGCCACCACUCAGGGAAGUCCUUUACAUCAUCAAUGUCCAUACAGGAACACUGCCUGCAUCAGGAACAGAUGCAAAUGUAUUUAUCACAGUAUUUGGAGAGAGGGGAGAUUCCUGCAAAAGGAGACUAGGGCACUCACAUUUUGAAAGAGGGCAGGUUUGUAUCUCUGAAAUUAGAGCAGUAAACCUUGGACAGUUAAGCAAAGUGCUUGUUGAGCACCAUAAUGUGGGUUAUGGAGCUGGAUGGUACCUUGACCAAGUUGUCAUCCAUGAAUCAGGCAAGACUGAAGAACAAUAUGUAUUUCUUUGCCAGCAAUGGUUAGACAGUGGAGUUGGCGAUGCACAGAUGGAACGAACAUUGAAGCUUCUCGGAAAAAUCAGGAAUGGAGUAUUGACAGGAAAGAUUUAUGGGACUUGGGAUAUCCACGUCACAACUAGUGAUAUUUCUUCUAGUUCCAUGAACCCUAGAAUGUCUCUAACAGUAUGUGGUGAAAAAGGAACUUGUACUUCAGUCAUAUUCCCCAAAGGAUCCCUUAAAAAAGAGCAGAUUUAUGAGACUUCUAUUGAACUGAGUAAGAAAUUUAAUACUAUAUUCAAAGUUCGCCUUGAAAUUGAAGAAGCUGGAGAAGGAGAGACUUGGCAUUGCUGUGAGGUAAAGCUUCAACACAGAGAAACUAAAAAUGUUCUAGAAUUCCCUUUUUGUCAUAACUUUGCCGAUGAAGAAGGAGGAAGAGUGACUGAACUUCCAGUUCUUACAGCUGGGUCUCCUUUUCCAGCAGUGAAAAUCUAUGUUCUCUACAUCACCACGGGAGCUAUCCCUGGGUCAGGAACAGAUGCAGAUGUGCAUGUCAUGCUGCAAGGUUCCUUGGGAGAUACUGGCAGAAGAAAGUUAAUUAGAAAAGGAGAUGAAGCUUUCACUAAAGGAAAGGUGGAUAUUUUUCAAGUGGAGGCAGUAGAUAUUGGUAUUCUGCACAGGAUGGUUGUUGAAAAAGGGAGAGGCUCUGACUGGCUUCUGGAGAAGAUUAUUGUGAAAGAGUCAGCAUCUUCAGGGACAGAAACACUGUUUAUGGCUCAAACAUGGCUUAAAGAUAGACGUGAUGGAAAAAGAUCUGCCUCAGUAACUCUGGAUGCCACAGAAGUUCAGGAGAGGAGGAGUACAUCUGCCUGGCCUUUAGGAAGAGAGCAAAUGAAUUCAGAAGGCAGAUGGAGGAUUUAUUUCACAAAGCAUCAAGAAGAAACAAAAUCAGAAUCUGAAAAGUUGUCAGAAAAUAUAUCCAAGAUGGUUAUGGUUUUUUAUGGAAGCAACGGCAAGUCAAAUCCAGUUACCAUGGAAAACAAAGUGGAACAUCAGACUGAGAACCAAAUAACAUAUGAUAUACAUUUACCAUCUGAUUUGGGAAUGCUUUAUAAAGUGCGGCUUGGUCUCCAGAGUUUGGAAAACAACAUAUCCCAGUUGUCUCUUCGUCACUUUAAAAUACAGAACACAUCAACCCUGGAUACCUUUAGUCUCACCAUAAAUAAAACACUUCCUCUUUCUCCUAAUGGAGACAGAUGGAUUGAAUUCCCUAUACAGUGGCCAUUAAAAGAAGCACUUUCUGUGGUUACAUAUCAUCUAACAGUAUUUUCAAGAAAUAUUUUGAAUGAGAGAAAUUUAGUGCAUAUGACUGCAUGCUUAUAUGGUACUCAUGGUGACACAGGAGACAGAUCCCUUCUCCAGUCAUUGCAGAAUGUACAGCAGGGAGAGAAAAAUGAGUCACUUCUAGUUAUCGUGGAUGCUGUUGACUUGGGAGAACUGGAGAAAAUUGUUCUUUUGAUUAGCAGUAAAACAGACUGCAAAUUGGACAUCAAAAAACUGCAUGUGCAAGACGCUGCAAAGGAGCAUCCUAUCUAUGUAUUUGAAGUGAAUGAAGAAUUUUUUGUGAAUGCAAAUAAGCCCAAAAUACAGAGAGAAAUUCCAAGAUCUUUUGUUAUUAGAGGAGAGAAACAAAAGAAUGACAUGGAUAAUAACUUGAAUGAAGAAGGAAGUAAAGUAAAAAAUUUGACAGAGUAUACUAUUAAAGUGUAUACAGGUGACAAAAGGGGAGCAGGGACUGAUGCCAAUGUACACAUUAUUUUAUUUGGGAAUGAGGAGAAAUCUGAGGUAUUUCCACUCUCUCAGUCACUGGAGCAUCAGAACCCCUUUGAAAGAGGAAAGGUUGAUACCUUCAAGAUUAAGACAAAAAAAUUAGGCAGCCUACGUUCAAUUGAAAUUGGCCACGAUGGGAAAGGAUUUGCAAGUGGCUGGUUUCUAGAAAAAGUGGAAAUCACAGAUGCAGCUAGGAAUUCAAUGCAUUGCUUUAACUGUAACAGGUGGCUCUCUGAAGAUGAAAAUGAUGGCCUCACCAUUGUGCAGCUUUAUCCACAGAUGCUUGAUUUCUGAUUCUUUCUGAGUGUGAUGCUUCUCCAAAUCCAUGCUGAUUUGAUUUACUUGUCUUUUGUAAUUCUGAAGGCAUUGUAAUUAUUGUGAAGAAAAGUCAAAACAAUGUAUUAAAAACAUCACAGUAAAUUUAAUAUAUCUAAUGUGAACACAGAAUUCUGAUCCUAUUAUAGAUGCUCAAAAACUUUGCAUGACAGAAAUUUUGGUAUCAGAAACUUAAAUCUGUAACAUGGCUCUGUGGACUUGAACUGAGCAAUCAUAAUUGUAGUAUGUAGUUACAUAUGUAGUAACAUACUCAAAUAUUUGUUUUUCAGUAAUGAUUUGUGGGUAAGCUAAAUUUAGCUAAUUUCAAAUCUAUCAGUAUGUAUUUAUUUGAUGAAUUUUUUUCAUUUUCAUCAUUUAUUAAAGUUUAGAUAUUUAAAAAAUAAUUGUCCAAACAAACUGCAACACCCUUCAGCCUUACUAUAUAUUGCUUCUCUUAAGACCAUAACAGAGAGUAAGAAAGAUAUUGUUAUUCAGAAGUUCACCCUGUGUUGGUAAGCCUGUCGCUGACAUUCGGUUGUAAAAUCUUGUAGCUGAGCCAGAACCUCAGCUGAGAAUCUUUAGAUCCAAAGGGUCUCUUAAGAGAGGCUGUUAUCAGUAACGCUGCAAUAGCUUAGGCAGGCUUAGGCAGCUCCCUGCUCAGCUUGAUGAUUUUUGCAGUGCCUUUCCUUAGCUAUCAAACCAGCUUUCCAGUGCUACAUGUGUGAAUGUCUUCAUGUCAAAGAAAAGCAACAAAAAAAGGUCAAAAUAUUUUUCGCAAAUGCACAUUAAAAAAUAUGUAUUUAGCUAAAAAUGCACAAAUUAAUGUUUGAUUCGGUAGGCUUUGAUAUUGCCAGAAUUGACUUAGGAAGGAUUUAGAAUACAGACAAGUCUGAAAUGUAAUCAGGACUUGCACACCACCUGAAGUUUCAUGUGUGUGACCAAAAUACAAAUAUUUUAUAUAAGCUAUGUAAAGCAUCCCUCUCUUAAUCAAGGACUUCACCUUUUGUACCUCCAAAAUCUAAAAUCUUUCUGAAGAGCUGCAUUUUAGACUUGUUUCACUCUCAAGCUAUUACCAUGUUCCGUAGCAGCAAUGGGCUCUCUAUAAUUAUAAGAAAUAAAUGAGUUUGUAAUCC